AUGGUUUUCCUACUGCAUCUUAAUGGUGAUUUUGUCAACAGUUUACAAAAAAUGGUUAAAGAUGGUGUUGAUGUUGUUAUCAGCGGUACUAGCAAAGUUUAUCAAGUGGUAUUGUUUUUCACGUUGGGAGAUUACCCAGCACAACAAGCACUACAUGGAAGAAAAGAAUCAGUAUCAGCGUUGAAGUUUUGUCCAUGUUGCAAUGUCACAAAUGAUGAUUAUAAAGACAACAUUGAUCAAUUACCAGCACAUUACACAAAUCUGGAUUACGAACAAGCGUGCAAAUUUAUUGAAGAAUGUGUAAAAAAUGGGGAUGAAAAUACAACAGCAAUAUGGAGAAAAUUCUAUGGAAUUAAUAAUCGUAGUAUAUUUGCCGAAUUACCCAAUUUCGAUGUUACGCUACAAGUGUUACUUGAUCCGAUGCAUAUUUUACUUCAAGGUUCGUAUAAGUUUCUGCGUUGUAACUUGAUUCUUGGUCUGUAG